AUUAGCGAGUUAUUGAAAGUUAUAUCCUAUUUUUAUUUCAUUUUAUUUUUUAAUAAAAAUCAUAAACAGCCCUUCGACUUCGAGUACCUUAUUUAGUUUAGCUUACAUUUUCAUUUUGAAUUUGAUAGUAACUAGUAAGAAAUGUCUUCACCCCAUAGUUUAGUUUUUGGUCACUAGGUGGCAGAGAAAACAGAAAAACAACAGAAUCACUAAAUCAGACCCUUACUUCUAUUUUGCUGUUAGACUGUCAGUCAGUUACUAAGUUUACUUAUGCAAGUUUGAUGAUUGUGUGUGCACUCUGCAAUUUGAAAUAAGAAAAGUGAAGCGGGUUGAAUCAGGCUCUACUUAGUAUCCACGAUUGUCGAGGGUAAAAUAAAUUAUCCGCCCAUCGUCGAUAUUUCGUUACGAUUGACCAGUUGUUUCAUUCCAUUAGGAACCAGAAAUGGAUGUUGCAGUAAAAUUAGAAAUGUGUCGUCUAACAACUCAAAACCAAACAAAUGUCCCAUUGGAUCUUACCUUCCAUGACAUUGGUUACACUGUUGGCAAGGGAAAAAAUGUCAAAAACAUUUUACAUCAAAUGAACGGGACCUUCAAGUCCGGCCAACUUACGGCUAUUCUAGGACCGUCUGGAGCGGGAAAAUCUUCUUUGAUGAAUAUUUUAGCCGGUUUCAAGGCUAUUGGAGUAGAUGGACGAGUCAAUCUGAAUGGUGUCGAAAGGAAUUUAAAAAUGUUCCGUAAACAAUCGGCUUACAUUGAACAAUACGAUCAUCUAUUACAAAAUUUAACGGUUGGAGAGUACAUGAAUGCUGCUGCUCAUCUGAAACUAGGGAAUGGGGUGUCUCAAGUAGAAAAGAAGUCAAAUAUAGAACUGGUUAUGAAGACAUUAGGACUAUCAAACAACGAACAUACUCGAAUUUCCCGCUUGUCUGGAGGUCAAUGCAAAAGGCUUUCUAUCGGAGUGGAAUUAUUUGACAAUCCUGCUAUUUUAUUUCUGGAUGAACCAACCAGCGGACUGGAUAGCUCGUCAACUCUGCAAUGUGUGGCCUUACUUCGUGAAAUAGCCAGAAGCGGUCGAACUGUCGUGGCGACCAUUCAUCAGCCAAGCUCACGAUUAUUAGACCAUUUUGAUCACCUAUACAUCGUGGCAAGUGGAUCUUGUAUCUACCAAGGACCUCCUGGAUCCUUAGUACCUUAUCUAAAGACAGUCAACCUAAACUGUCCCAGUUAUACUAAUCCAGCCGAUUUUGUAUUAGAUGUGGCCUCAGGAGAAUACGGGGACGUUCUACCUCAGUUAACAUCUGGAAUCAAGAAUGGUCUCAUCAUUUACGAAGAUCCUUCAAUUUCUCCGCUUGCCACGCCUUCCCAUAACAUACAAGGUGACGUGUGUGAGGAUGAGAACAAAGAUGACGUUGAAAAGAUGAAGAAUAGGGAAAAUCGUCUGACAUAUGCCACACCAUUCCAUACUCAAGUGUCUGUGCUGCUAGAACGAACUUGGCGAUCAAUUUGGAGAGAGAAGAUGCUGACUCAGGUGCGCUUAACUACUCACAUUCUUUUCGGUAUCUUCUUCGGACUGCUGUAUCAGGCAGUUGGAAAUGACGCUGCAUUCACUCUCAACAACGCUGGAAUGCUUUACUUUAAUCUAAUUUUUAUUGUAUUCACUUCUGUGAUGCCAACUGUCGUCACUUUUCCGCUGGAGAGGAAAGUGCUAAUUCGAGAGCAUUUGAAUAAUUGGUACAGCCUCAAAGCGUAUUAUCUUGCCAAAUUGCUGGCUGACAUCCCGUUCCAGAUUAUUUUUCCUACCGUCUAUUUGGUGAUUGUCUAUUUCAUGACUGGCCAACCACUAAGCUUACAACGUUUCAGUAUGCUCCUGUGCAUCACGAUCUUUACAUCUCUGGUAGGGCAAGGAAUUGGGCUGGUUGUUGGCGCUGUUUUUGAUAUCCAAUCGGCUGCCUUCAUGGCACCAACAUUCGCCAUUCCUUUUCUGCUUUUCGCCGGUUUCUUCAUCAAUUUUAAAUCCAUUCCAUCUUAUAUGAAUUGGAUGACUUAUGUGAGUUUCUUUCGCUACGGUUUCGAAGGAUCCAUGUUAGCCAUCUACGAUUACGACCGCCCACCUCUCGAUUGUUCUGAACCUUACUGCCAUUUUCGUUUUCCUCAGAAAUUUCUAGAGAAAUUUGACAUGGCUCACAGUUCCUAUUCAAUCUGCGUUGUUGGAAUGCUGGUUUACUUUGUCGUAAUGCGGGUCGCUGGUUAUUUUCUCUUGCGUUUUAAGGUGAAAAGUGUUCGGUGAACGAUUGGUGACCUUUAUCCUUACGGACGUAUUGCAUCAUGAUUCAUGAUGGAUUCCGUCAAUUCACUACAGAGCUUUUUAACCCUAAUCUUUCCUAAGGUAUAUCUGAUUCCCGCAUUCUUCAUGAGUAACCAACGCUUCAGUAUGCUACUAGUCAUUAUAAUCACAAUGUCCAUGGUCGGACAAGGCAUCGGACGGCUUUUCGGUGCCGCGUUUGACAUCCCAGUAGCCUCCUACUUUGCUCCAAUCAGCUGCAUUCACUUCUUGCUAGUAUCGGGCUUCAUGCUCAAAUUUAACGCUAUUCCAUCUUACUUGAGCUGGAUAACCUACCUCAGUUUCUUACACUACGGUUUAGAAAGAUCUAUGUUAGCCAUCUAUUUAGCCUGAGCGUCCGCCGCUCAGUUGCUUUCAAUCGUAUUGCCAUUUUCGAUAUCCCGUCAAGUUUUUGGAGCAAUUCGACUUGACUCAAAAGUUCCAACUUCUUGGCUAUAGUUGGAAUGCUGAUGUGUUUUAUCGUGGUACGAUUGGCUGGCUAUUUCGCGUUGCUUUUCAAAUUGCGGCACAUACGUUGAGCCGUUAUUCCUUUAUUCUACUUUUUCACCCUUCAUUCAUUUGUGUAAUAAUUCAGUUCGUUGAACAAUCCAUCCCUUGUUAAUCAACAAAAACAACUAAAAUGAAGAACAGAAUACAAAAUUCUAUUGAA